GGUUGUGCUGCGGUCGUGAGAAAAAGCUAAGAUGGCGUCUCGUUAAGACGCGAAGGAUGGCCUGAAGAGAGUGAUGGUGUUGAUCGGGAAAUGAUUUAUCACGACAGUAAUUGAGAAAAGUUUGUGGGUUUUUCGUUUGGUUGUUGAGACGAACACCAGCCUCUCCCGUGUUUAAGCCCGCGUGGUCGGCGGAGCGGUGUGUAUGGAGAACUGGAGCUGAGAACGGGCAACUUUUGCUAGCCAACAGAACAGGACCGAGCACAGCUGGUUAGCUAACCAACCAGUCAUCCCAACAACAGAGGAAGGAGUGCGGCCACAGUCCUUAUCACACCCCGGGACAUCGAGGUGUCUUCGGGGACAUGGAAGUGGAAGAGUUCAUCCCUCCUCCGGAGUGUCCAGUUUUUGAGCCGACAUGGGAGGAGUUCCAGGAUCCCCUGGGCUACAUCGCCAAGAUACGUCCAAUUGCGGAGAAGUCUGGAAUUUGUAAAAUCCGACCCCCACCAGACUGGCAGCCACCAUUUUCAGUGGAGUUGGAAAACUUUCACUUCACUCCUCGCAUCCAGAGGCUAAAUGAGCUGGAGGCUGAGACCAGAGUGAAGCUCAAUUAUUUGGAUCGCAUUGCCAGAUUUUGGGAAAUUCAAGGAUCUUCUUUAAAAAUCCCACAUAUUGAAAGGCGCAUUCUUGAUCUGUACAGCUUGUCAAAGAUCGUGGCAGAGGAAGGAGGCUUUGAGCUGAUCUGUAAGGAACGGCGAUGGGCUCGUAUAGCGCAAAGGCUCGGCUACCCUACAGGGAAGAACCUCGGGUCUUUGCUGCGGUCCCAUUACGAGAGGAUUGUCUAUCCCUUCGAAAUGUUCCAGUCUGGCGCUACAUUUACGCAUUGCAAGCCAAAGCAUUAUGAUGGUGAAGAUGUGGACAAAGAGUACAAGCCUCACUCCAUCCCAUUGCGGCAGUCUGUGCCGCCGUCUAAAAUGAGCAGUUAUGGACGCAGAGCCAACCGGUGCCAGCCUGAUGGUCCAGAGGAUCUGGCCCCCCAUCCUCUCACCACUGGCUCUCAACUCAUCUCUGCGCCCGAACCUACAGAGGAAGACAUAGAGAAGAACCCUGAGCUAAAGAAACUGCAGAUCUAUGGUGCAGGGCCAAAGAUGAUGGGACUUGGACUGGUAGCAAGGGACAAAGGCUUCAAGAAAAAAGACGAGCUGCCGCAGACUGUUACCAUCAAGGACACCACCGUCUCUGUGUCUGGUGACGCUCCCGUCAAAUCUGAGCCACUGGAGCAUGAAGAGAAGCAAACCGACGGGGGUUCAUCCAACGCUCAGCUUCCUCCCCACACUGUUACAGUAAAGACAGAGGUCAAGAAGGAAGAAGUAAAGGAGGAAGACGAAGAGGACGACGGGUCCAAGAUGACGAUGAGGCUCAGGCGAAACAUCAACAACCCGCAGUGUGUGGAUUCUUUUAUCUGUCGGAUGUGUGGGCGGGGAGAUGACGACGAGAAGCUCCUCCAGUGCGACAGCUGUGAUGAGAACUAUCACACGUACUGUCUCCUGCCCCCCCUCACCGACACUCCCAAAACCAAGUGGAAGUGCCCCAAGUGUGUGGCUGAAGAGUGCAAGAAGCCGUCAGAAGCAUUCGGCUUUGAACAAGCAACCAGAGAGUACACGUUGCAGAGCUUUGGAGAAAUGGCCGACACUUUCAAAGCGGAUUACUUCAACAUGCCUGUCCAUAUGGUUCCUACUGAGCUCGUGGAAAGAGAGUUCUGGAGGUUAGUCAGCAGUAUUGAAGAAGACGUGACCGUCGAGUAUGGAGCAGACAUACACUCCAAAGACUUUGGGAGUGGCUUCCCAAUGAAUAACGGGAAAAAGACGCUCACCAAAGAAGAAGAGGAAUAUGCUCGUUCUGGCUGGAACCUAAACGUGAUGCCUGUUCUGGAGCAGUCGCUCCUUUGCCAUAUUAACGGCGACAUCUCUGGGAUGAAGGUGCCGUGGCUUUACGUGGGCAUGGUGUUUUCAACUUUCUGCUGGCACAUCGAGGAUCACUGGAGCUACUCCAUCAACUACCUGCACUGGGGUGAACCUAAGACCUGGUACGGGGUUCCCUCUGCAGCGGCCGAGCAACUGGAAGAUGUGAUGAAGAAGCUGACGCCAGAGUUGUUCGAGUUCCAGCCCGACCUCCUGCACCAGCUCGUCACCAUCAUGAACCCCAACAUCCUCAUGGCUCAUGGCGUACCGGUCGUACGCACUAACCAGUGCGCCGGGGAGUUUGUGAUCACCUUUCCUAGAGCCUACCACAGCGGCUUCAAUCAGGGAUAUAACUUCGCUGAAGCAGUUAACUUCUGCACCGCAGAUUGGCUCCCCGCCGGGCGCCACUGCAUCGAGCAUUACCGCCGGCUGAGGCGGUACUGCGUGUUUUCUCACGAGGAGCUCACCUGUAAAAUGGCCGCGUGCCCAGAGAAACUGGACCUCAACCUGGCGGCGGCUACGCAUCGGGAGAUGUUCAUCAUUGUCCAAGAGGAGAGAAAGCUGCGCAAGAGCCUGAUGGAAAGGGGCAUCACGGAAGCGGAGCGAGAGGCGUUCGAGCUGCUGCCUGACGACGAGCGACAGUGCGACAAAUGCAAGACGACGUGCUUCCUCUCCGCUCUGGCCUGCUACAACUGUCCUGAACGGCUGGUGUGUCUCUAUCACACUCAGGAUCUGUGCAUCUGCCCUACAGAAAAGCUCUACCUCAGGUACAGAUACACCCUGGACGAGUUGUUAGCCAUGCUCCAUCGGUUGAAGGUCAGGUCGGAGUCCUUUGACUCCUGGGCCAACCGAGUAAAAGAGGCGCUCGAGCAGGAAGAAGGAAACAAAAUAGAUAUUGAUGACUUGGAGAAGCUGAAGAGCGAAGCGGCGGAGAAGAAGUUUCCUGACAACGAGCUGCUCAGGAAACUCAACAAUGUUUUUAAAGACAUGGCGUACUGCCAACAGACGAGCGCGGAGCUCCUCACUGGUUCAAAGACGGGUGACAGCAGGAUGACUUUAGCUGAGCUGAAGUCCUUGGUUGAGAAAAUGCAAAACUUACCCUGUGUGGUGAACCAUUUAAAGGAAGUGCAGGCGGUUUUGCGGACCGUCGAGGACUAUCAACAGAAGGCCCAAGUUCUGGUUGAUAACAAGGACUGGAGGAAAGAGUCUCCUGCUCCCGAGCAGUUACAGAGUCUGCUGGAGCAGGGGGGCGAGCUGCCCGUCGUGGUGCCAGAGUGUAACUUACUCCAGGGCCUGAAGGCACAGGGCCACUGGCUGGAAGAGGUGAGGCGCACGCUGGGCACAGAAGGAGGGGCGAGGCACGAAGUAACACUGGAAGUGCUGAGGAACCUGAUGGAGGCGGGCUGCAACGUGCCCCAGAGCGUUUCCGUGGAGACGGCCAUGGCUGAGCUCCAGGAGCUGCUCACCAUCGCCGAACGCUGGGAGGAAAAAGCACAGAUCUGCCUGGAACAAAGGCAGAAGCAUCCCCUCUCCACCCUGGAGGCGAUCGUAAAUGAGGCGCAGCUUAUUCCCGUCAAGCUUCCCAACAUUGAGGCUCUGCGGGGCUGCUUAACGCGAGCUCGGGCCUGGGUAACCGACCUGGAGGAAAUGCAGAACGGGGAGCAUUACCCAUGUCUGGACGACCUGGAGGGCCUGGUGGCGAUCGGACGGGAUCUGCCGGUCUUAAUGGAGGAGCUGAGGCAGCUGGAGCUGCAGGUGGCCAGCGCUCACUCCUGGAGGGACAAGGCCACCAAGACCUUCCUAAAGAAAAGCAGUCAGCACACUCUACUGGAGGUCUUAUGUCCGUGUGUGAAAAGGAGAGAGAGGCGGAUUGAGAUGGAGCCGCUGGACGACGCGUCAGACGACUCUGAUUCCAACACUUUGGGGCUCUCUGCUCAGGCGCUGAGGGACCCUGCAGCUAUCGUACUGGCAUUCAAGGAGGGCGAGCAUCAGGAGAAGGAGGCGCUUCUGAGGUUGCAGAAAGUGAACAUGUGUAAAGCUGGACUCAACAGAGCGAGCUGUAAGGAAAACGGGUGGCAGGACGAGACCAUGGACACAGACGCCCCCUACCGCUGCGGGAACUCUGUGAAGGAGAACGGAAACCGCGCCCCCCCUCCCCAGUCGGUGUGCGUGUGCGCCGGGCCCCCGCGGGCCCCUCAGCUCCGCUGCCACCUGUGCAAGGACUGGUUCCACGGCGGCUGCGUCUCCUUCCCCUCCCUGCUGCCGCCCUCCGUGCCGCAGAGCAACCGUCUCUGCUGGUGGGACUGGGACACCCGCUUCCUGUGUCCGCGGUGUCAGCGGUCGCGCCGCCCGCGCCUGGCCACCAUUCUGGCGCUGCUGGUGGCCCUGCAGAGGUUGCCCGUGCGUCUGCCGGAGGGCGAGGCUCUCCAGUGCCUCACGGAGCGGGCCAUCACGUGGCAGGGCCGGGCCAAGGAGGCGCUGGAGACGGCCGAGCUGCGGCGCGCGCUCCAGGAGCUGCAGGAGCUCGCCGAGCGAGAGGAGGAGGAGAAGGAGAAGGACGCAGACGGGAAUCCGGUUAUUGUUUUGUCAGACUCCGAGGGAGGAGAGGGCGACGACGGCGUCAUCGAUUUAACCGAGGAGAACUCGCCCAAGAAGAAAACAAAGGAAGCGGAUGCAUCUCAGGCUGGAUGUCAGAACGGCGUGAGCAAGAAGUCGAGCGUUAGCGGCGUGGAGUCUCUGCUGCCCCUGCUGCCGCUGCUGAAAGGCCGAGUGGUGAAGCUUUCCCCGAGCACCAGGGAGCAGCUGGAGGCGCUGCAGCUGGAGGGAGACCUGCUGGAGGUCACCCUGGACCAGACCUACACCCUCCACCGAGUCCUGCAGGCGGCCUCAGAGCCUCCCAAAGAAACUCUGCAAACACUCAUUCAGAUCGAGCUCGAAGAGCAGCGAGGGGCGAAGACGAGCCGCGGACGACCCAAGGACAAAAGGAAGAGGAAGGGUCACCGGGGCGGCAGUGCGGACGGGGCAGGAGAAAAUCCUCUGGAUGUGUCCCAGUCAAAGAAAACCUGCCCCCUCAAAAACAACCCGCCUCCUCACUUAAAUGUUGAAAUCCAUCCAGAGAUUUUGUGAUGCAGCCGACGUGGGAGCUGUGCUCAAAAGGAUCUGUCCAAGACGUUGGAGAAGCAGAACUUUUCCGUGCCAGAAACAGUGUCAAGUUCUAGAAAAAGAUGCAGGGCAUCCCCCCCCCCCCCCCCCCCCCACCCUCCUGUUCAGCCCGACGCCCCGUUUUCCAUCCCUCACUCACGUGUUCAGACACUAACGGAGAAAUGACUCUUCUUCUACACUCCACUGUCCCAUCGAUGACUCUGCAGUAUCUCGCCCAUUAUCAGCUGUUCACCUACUUUCUUACCGGGACUUUUUUCUCUCCAGAGACUGUUGGACCCAUGUGAGACUCGCCAUUAGAGCGCCGUCUUUGGUUUCUCGCUCCCGUCAGUCAGCUUUGUAUCCCCCACGCUGUGAAACGGCACUUGGGGCUCAGGACCAACGGCGCCAGUUGUCACGUCCCAUGAGCUCUCGCGUUAACCUUGGAUAAGGCGGGGGGGUUCAUUUAAACGGCGCCUGAAACCCGCCGCUGGGUGUACAUGAAGACCUUAGCGGCGCCGAGGUUACACUUUUUUUUUUUUUUUUUUUUUUUGUAUUUAAUCUUGUGUUUGAAGCUGUUUCUAGCAGACGUGCGUUUUCAAGAACCCUGAGUAAAUUUUGGGAAGUGUUUAAAAACAGGCAUUAAUGUUUUUGGUGCUACUUUUCCAAAAUGAAUAUAUGUACCUCUUGGCUUUACCUUUCCAUCCUAACCUUCUGCUCAAUGCUUUGUUUUCAGCAUCCCAUCCUUUUGACUCCAUGAUGUAUUCUGCUCAGUCUGACCCACCCUCUCAUUACUUUCACUUUGCAAAUUAAGGUUACUUCACUGUAAUUCACUUGGUCACAGUUUUGUUUAAGAGCUCAAAUGACUAUAUUAUUAUUAUUAUUAUUAUUAUUAUUGUUGAUAUUGCGGACACAAAGUUGUCGUAAGUUUGUGUAUAAACUUCUCAUUUUACUGUUGCCUUUGUUUCUUUUCACUCUUGUUAGGAAAAAAAAUAAAGGUUUAGAGUUGUUUAGGA